AUGCCGUCGUCGCGCCCUGCCUGCCCCGACGCCGCCGUGCCCCUGCCCUGCCCCGACGCCGACGUCGUGCGCCCCUGCCAUGCCCCGACGCUGACGUCGUGCGCCCCCCUGCCCUGCCCCGACGCCGAUGAUGUGCACCCCUGCCUUGCCGAGAUGCCGUCGCGCCCCUACCCUACCCCGAUGACGCCGCCGUGCGCCCCUGCCUCGACCUCGACGCCAACGCCGCCGCGCCCCUGCCCUGCCCUGACGCUGCGCCAUGCCCCUGCCCUGCCGUCAACGCCGCCGCACCACUGCCCGCCGGACAGGCCGCUACUCCCUCCUCCCUCCCACCCGUCUCCUCUGUCCUUCCUUCAUGUAUGUGAUGAUGGUGAAGUUGGUUCAGUGCAAAGUUUCAGAGAAUUGCAUGUUUUCAGCCAUGUCCACAAGGUGUUUGAUGAAAUGCUAGGGCUAGCUAGGGAACUUUGUUUUAUGUGA